AAGACAUUAACGCACGCAUUGCCGCUGUUCGUAGCAUAAAGAAGCCAUUGAAUUGUUAUUUUUCGGCCGUAUAGAUCCAACGCGAAUUUAACGUCAUGAAAGUUCUAUUUGCUGUCGCGCUCUUGAUUGCAGUUGCUUCGGCGAUGCCACAAUUCGGGUUUGGCGGCUAUGGACGCCCUGGUUUCGGCGGUCCUGGCUUUGGUGGAGGCUACGGCCGUCCUCCGCCUCCUCCUGGAUUUGGUGGUGGCGGCUUUGGAGGUCCAGGAUUUGGUGGACCCGGAUUUGGAGGCCCAGGAUUUGGUAGACCAGGAUUCGGAGGUUCCGGAUUUGGUGGUGGCGGUGGAGCUUCCUCCUCGUCUUCUUCAAGUGCCAGCUCGUCGGCUGGCGGUGGUUUUGGUGGUGCCGCUGCUUCUUCUUCCGCGUCAUCUUCUGCUUCGGCCGGAGGUUUUAGGGGCUAAUUGUCAGAGAGUAUAAUUUAGUUUUAAAUUGAAUUUUUUGUAAGAUAGUUUAAUUGAAAUGUAAGCAAGUGUGUGAGAAGGCUGAUAAGAAGUACAUAAAUGUAUUGAUUUUUUUAGUAAAAAAAAAGCUUUAAA